UUAUCAUUUCCGAAUUCUAGAUUCGGAUAACAGUUAAGGAUGAAGACCAACUUAAUAUUCACACUAGUUGUUACGAGUUGUUUUGUAUUAUACGUAAACCGAGUUUCCUGUCAUGAGCACAAGGACCACAAGGAUAAAUUAGAUGGAGCUGGAAAGCAAAAGAGAGGAAUCGCAGACUUAAAAGAUGCAGCUAGUUCUAGUGAGUCUAGUGAAAGCUCUGAAAAAACUAAACGCAGUCUAAAUGAAGUUGCUGAAAUAAGAAUUAAGCGUGCGACAGAAGAUAUGAAGCAAAAUUUUGAAGGAGGCAUGAAAAAAAUGAUGGAUGGCUUGAAAGAUACCAUAAAUGUUUUCCAGGGAUUCUUGGCUAGUAAAGAUAAGAAAGAACGAAAAAAGCGAGGAACUGAAGAUAUUAAAGAAAGUUUUGAAGGUGGAGCCAAAAAGCUCAUGGGGGGUGCUAAAGAUACUAUUGGUGUAUUUCAAGGUUUUUUGGGUGGCAAGAAAGACAGAAAGAAGCGCCAAAAUGACAUGAAAGAUAAAAUCAAGGGAAAGAUUCAAGAAUUUGUAGGAAAAGCUAAAGGUUUCUUGAAUAAGGGAGAUAAGAAUGGAGAAUCAGAAAGUUCAUCUGGAGGUAUUGGCAUGGGUCGCAAAAAGCGAGGAAUCGCAGAUGUUGAUACUCCAGCAAAAAUUGGCGAAGAUCAAGAUGAUGAGGAUGACAGCAGCGAGGAAUCAACGGAAGCUACAAAAACAAAACGUCAAGCCGAAGAAUUAGAUGUAAAUGAGACUGGAAAAGGUGAAACGAAAAAAGGUAAAGGUAAAGGUAAGAAAGGUGGUAAAGAUGCAUCUGAGCCAGCAGAUCGUAAGAAGCGUUGUUUAUCAGAACAAGCCACAUCCAUUCAAUCUUCAGACCAACCAGCAGCACGUAAAAGAAGAUUGGUUCACUACGAUGCUCGUCAGGCAUUCCAAAAAACAUACACAUUGGUUUAAAUUGAUAUUAUAUGAAGUCAUACAGCAAGAAAAGAACUGACAAAUGGAUGGACAAUUUAGAAUUUAGCUUGAUUCAUACAUAGUUUGAGAUUUUCUCGUGCUUUUUGUUAAGAAAUAAAUAAUUAUUUUGCAAAUUUA